AUUGAGACAUAUAGACAGUAUCAUAAGCUGCAGAAUGUAAAGCCAUCCAUCUAUCUUGAUGUGUCUCAGAGUUGGGAGAACUGGGGUGGAAUUCAACCCGAGUCAUGUGACCUCAUCGUGAACAUCAACAUGAUGCACAUCUCACCUCUGGCCUGCACAACGGGUUUGUUUAAUGGUGUUGGAAAAAUACUGAAGCCACAAGGAUUGCUUCUAACUUAUGGGCCUUAUGCUUUCAGUGGAUCAAUUACUCCUCAGAGCAAUGUUGACUUUGACCAAAGCUUGAGAUACAGAAAUCCAGAGUGGGGUCUAAGAGAGGUGUCAUUCCUGAAAACGCUAGGCCAAGAGGAGGAAAUUGUUGAUAUGCCCGCCAACAAAAAGUGCUUACUGUUUCACAAGGACAGCGUAGUUUAAUAUAAUAUCAGUUUGUACAGUAUUUGAGUGAACUCUGCAAUGUUUUAAGAUACUGAAUAAUACUUCAGCUUUGCUGAAAUUUGUGAUCACUCUCUUUCUGGAAAAUAUGUGUUCUUGUUGGAUGUUUUUUUUCCACACCAAAGGAAAUGAAUAAUAGUUUAGACAAAUGUUUAAAAUGAUGUGCACAUAAUAUUGAUCGAGCCGGGCUGAGAUCCGAAUAUCUGUUAAUUCCUUUGAUCAUUAUCAUUGGUUAUCUGGAUUAUAGAUUUGCAGUGUUAUUUAAAGAUUUACCAUGUUAACCGUAGUUUCUGCUAAGAAUGAGGUCUUGCAAAAUCCAAUUGUUCCAAAAGCAAGAAAACUGAUAAAAUGUUUUAUCUUGAAUGCAAUGGGAGUUGCUUUGGGUGUGCUUUUGAGCCUAAUGCAUGAAUGUAAAUGUUUAUUUUUAUCACAUAUAUCAAUGUAAUAUCAAUUCAAUCACAGUUACAACGAACAUAAUGU